AUCGAAAUCGCAUUCUCCAUUUAUUGGUUCCCUUCAAUCAAGAAACUCCUCUUUCGUUCUUUGUGAGUGUUACAGUGAAAAACAAAGAUAAUGGCAGGCGGGUCCAAAUCCAAUCCACCAAAGCCUAGGAAGAGAGUCGACGCUGCUUCAGCCCCUGCCCCUGCCCCUGCCUCCUCUCUUGUUCGCGCUAAAGAUGGCAGUGCUUUUGCCAAAUGUGAUGAGUGUAACAAAACCGUACCCAUGGCUCUUAUCAAUAUGCAUAGCUGUAGCCUUGAAGCUAAAAUCAAAAUGAAUUUGGAGUCUCAAGUUAUAGAGAAGCCUGCUGAAGCCAAGAAGAAGCCUGCAGAAAGGAAGAAGCCUCCCGCAACAACAGAGUCAAAUCCUAAAAAGCCGAAGAAGUUGAAGAAGGGAAAAGAUCCCAAUGCCCCCAAACGCCCUCCCACCGCCUUCUUCUUGUUCAUGGACGACUUUAGGAAAUCUUACAAGGAAGCGAACCCAGAUGCAAAGGGUGUUACAGGGGUUGCAAAGGAAGGUGGUGAGAAAUGGAAAUCUAUGUCAGAAGAAGAAAAGAAGUGUUACGUGGAUAAAGCAGCUGAGCUGAAAGCAGAGUAUGAAAAGGCAAUGGAGGAGGCUAAGAAUGCUGACCAUCAAAAUGAGGAAGAGGAAGGAGGUUCAGACAAGGAAACCCCUGCUGCUGAAAAGGCAACAGAGGAGGAAGUGUUGGAUGAUUACUAGUUGAAGGCAUAGUUCUUUUCGAGUUCCCCCAAGAAUUUGUUCUUAUUUUGCCCGGGGGUUUGGGAGGGAGUGUAAAUUUUUCAUUCAAUUUUUGGAGCUAAUGUUUUCUGGUAGGUGUCUAGAUGCGUUGGAGAAUCAGCUUGACUUGUCUCUUCUCCAAUCAAGUUAUUAUUUUUGUCUUGUUUGAUAUGUGAAUGCUGAAGCAGUUUCUCCUGUAAUGCUUAUGACUUGUCAGUAAUGAUAACGAAAUAUGAUCUUUAAA